AAUAUGACAGUUGGCGGUUGAUUACGAAACGCUGGCCAUGUUAUCUUUGCGAUUUUUAUCUCCACUGCGCAAAUAUAACCCAAAAUCAUUGUUUAAAAGAUCAAUGGCUGAUCAUUUGGAUAGAACCCAUGAAAAUACUAGAAAUGAGGUGAUAUGUCUGGCAACAGUGGUAGGAAUGAGAGAUGAGUCAAGAACAGUUAAAUCUCUCACUCUAAAAGUAGAAAGGGGUGAUCUAACUUUCAAAGCCGGACAAUGGGUGGACAUGUUUAUUCCUGGAGUUUCAACUGUCGGAGGAUUUUCCAUGUAUAGCUCACCGUGUAAACUGCAGACCACAAGGCAGAUGGACCUGGCAGUGAAGUUCAGCAAUCAUCCACCAGCGUAUUGGGUCCACAAUCAGUGCAAAGAGGGCAGUCAGGUGCAUGUGAGAGUAGGCGGAGAUUUCUUUUACGACCCCAUCACCUCUGAGGGUCAUGACCUCUUGUUGAUAGCGGGUGGGGUUGGUAUAAACCCCCUGCUGUCUAUUUUCAACCAUGUAGCUGACCAGUGUAAGGGAGACAAUCCUAAUAGUGAUCAUAUCAAGAAAAGCAGAGUUAUGCUCCUUUAUAGUGCUAAGACGGAGGAAGAAUUGAUAUUUAAGGAGCAUAUAAAGCAAUCAACAGUUGACCAUGAAAAUAUUAUGUGUGGUUUCUACAGCACUCGGGAACAGGCACAGGAUGUGAAAACUCACAGGAUUGGACCAGAAGAUAUUGCCGAGUGUUUUGAUUGGUUGAGGAAAGACCAAACUGUGGCGUAUCUAUGUGGGCCCUCGCCAAUGUUGACAGAUAUGGAAAACAUUCUGACAGCGGCUGGUGUACAACCAGAUUGUGUUAAAUAUGAGAAAUGGUGGUGAUAAGAUUGAUAAUUAGUUGUUUUAGUCAAAUUUUAAUGUUUUGUAUUAAGAAGAAAGGUACUUUGAUAUCUGUUUCAUGUUUAUGUAUGUUAUGCUUCUAGUAUGUUUUUUAAGCAUUACAGAAUAAAUAAUUGUAACAACUCUC